AUGACAGCCCCCGCAGCAAAUCAGGCCUUUGAGGAGGCGAUCAAAGUGACUCCUGUAAAUACCCACCGGUACUCGGCCGUCUUGCGGGAUGAAUGGUGCAUUGGUACUGUUCCCAACGGCGGAUAUACAACAGCUGUCCUCUACCGAUUGGCAAUCACACAUUUCGCUCACACACAUCCCAGGCGGUACGAUGCCGCUGCCACUCCGAUCUCUAUGCAGCUUGUGUUUCUACGUCGCACGGCCGUCGGGCCGGCUGUGUUGGAGGUGCAGGAUACGAAACUCGGGGCUCGAACCAGUACGAUACAUGUCGCGCUGUUGCAACCUAGCGAGAAGGGGAAGAAGAAGGCACAGACUGGGCCGUCAGCCUCGUCUGACGACGAUGAGAAUCUGGAAGUCAAGGUCGCGGGCUACAUCACGGUGAGCCCCGCGACGGCUGAAGUGGGCGUCUCGGCGCCCUCGAACUGGACCUUGCUACCUGAGGCGAUUCCCGGGUCGGGGCCCAAGGGUCGCGUGAACCUUGCAGCACUGCGGAAGACCGGUCGUGAUGGGCAAUGGGUUCGGCUGCUCGCACCUUUUCCCAAGUUCCGCCGGGCGUCGCAGCAGGUUGAACUGUACGGACCUGAUCCGGCGCUUGGCAAGCCGCCGGUUGUCGACCAGUGGGCGCGGUUCCGGCCAGGUGGGAACACGGAGGCGCGGUGGACCAAUGAAGCCGUGGCAUUUCUGGCGGACAUAUUCCCGAUGGCGCUGGAUGGGUUCGACACCAUGGGCAAGGCGACGAAGGAGGGAGACGAUGCAGAUAAUGCUGCAGGGACGGAAUCGGCGAAGGGGAAGCUGGCCAAGUACUGGUACCCGACCGUGACGCUGAACAUCGACUUCAAGAAGCGGUUACCGGCGAGCGGGGUGGAGUGGCUAUAUAGCCGAGUGCAGACCAGGUCGGUGCGGAACGGCCGGACCGAUCUGGACGUGGUGGUUCUGGAUGAGGAGGGGGACGUGGUCGCGCUGAGCACCCAAGUGGGAUUGGUGGUGGACGCCAGCCGAAAUAUCGGGCAGCGGAAGUCGAAGAUGUAG